GUUGAGGCAAUUCUUCGCGCAAUACGAUCCUCGACGCCUCUUGCUUGCCAGAACGAGAACGAGCACCAGCAUCAAGUCUCACGAUUCUGGCUCUCCGAUACUCUCUCGCUGCUUGCCGACUGUUGCCACGAGCAUCGAUGGCUGUUGCUGCUUCCUCGUCGACGCCUCGUCGCUCGACGCGGUCUUCUACCACGGCGGCGACGGCGGCUGUCAAGAAAGAGGAACCCCUCACGCCCCCUCAGACACCCAGUCCGACAAAACGAAGGGCACCUGCUAACAAGCGGAAGCGUUCUGCCUCGCCCGCUGUCAAGAGAGAAGCCAAGAAAGAGGAUGAGGACGCAAAAGCCGACGAGAAGCCAAAGAAGGCAAAGCAGACGACGACGGACAAGAAACUGGCUUCGCUCAGAGCGAGCCUCGCCAGCGGCCCCUUUCCCACGCAUGCUAGACCGACAGCCGAAGAAGCGCAGCAAGUCGCCGAGAUCUUGACGGAAGCACACGGAUAUAAGACGAUGCCCUUCAAGCAACCGCCCCGCGGCGACGAUCGCUUCGGCGGCUGUGGCGAUGUCGCAUCCGUGCUCGACGCCACGGUGCGCACGAUUCUCUCUUGCAAUACCUCGGGCAAGAACAGCCGCAAUGCGCACAAGAGCCUCUGCGAGACAUUUGGCAAAAACAACUGGCAGGCGAUCUUGGACGCGUCGCACGCCGAUGUCGCGCGAUCCAUCCAGUGUGGCGGCCUGCACGAGAACAAGGCGCGGACGAUCCAGGGCGUGCUGAGACAGACCCUCGAGAGGCACGGCAAGCUCUCGCUUGACCAUCUUCACGAUGCCAAUUCCACCCAGGUCAUGGAAGAGCUCGUCAGCUUCAACGGCGUGGGGCCCAAGGUGGCUAGCUGCGUCAGCGCCUUUUGCAUCGGCAACGACGAGAUGGCAGUCGACACGCAUGUCCACCGGCUCUGCAGGAAACUCGGCUGGGUUCCGGACAAAGCGACGCGAGACCAGACAUACUACCACUUGUACGAGCGCAUCCCCUCGAAGCUCAAGUAUCCGCUUCACGUUCUCCUCAUCAAGCACGGCAAGGCGUGUGCCGAGUGCUCCGCGAGAGGCUUCGCCACGGAUCGCUACGCAUCACCGGACUGGGAAAAGGAGGGGAUGAGCGUCAUCUCGGGCGUCAAACAGGAGGAGUGGAAGGAGGACGAUAAGGCCAAAUUCGACGUCGUCAAGUGCCCCCUGCGCCAGGCUGGCCUCUUCUCCAAGUCGCGCGCAGCAGGCAUCAAGAAGGAGUCCAUCAAACAAGAAAAUGGCUCGCCGGUAAAGAAGGUGGGAGGCAGUCGAGUCAAGAAAGAGGAGGUAGAGGAGGAGGCAUGAAUUUUUGUAUUAGUUCAUUCUCUUCAAGUGUGCUCGCAAUGUCUACACCAUCACG